ACACAGGUGUCACUUACACGAACGUCUUACAUGAAUCCGGAUUCUGCCAUCAAACCUAAAAGACGAAGAUAAAAAGGAAUUUGGUGAAUUUGUAUCUUCCUAAAAACAUGAUACUCCUCGAAUGCCAAGUGUGCCUAGAGUGUUACGAUGCGAGGAAGCGAGUCCCAAGGAGUCUCAGUUGCAAGCAUACCCUCUGCACUUCUUGCAUUGCCCAGAUCAUGAGAAGAGGACCACUGAAAUGCCCCUUCUGCCGCACGUUGCACGCCGGUGCUGUUAUCUCACCGGUCGACGUUCCCGUUCAAGGAGAGAUGGCAUCUGGCGUCAACGUACUGAAGUUGCGCAGUGACAUCCAGAAGGCUAAUGCAAAUGGUGCACAUGUUUGGGCAGUGCUAAGGAGGGAAGGAGGAGCUCGAGGGAGCCACCGGUACGCCAAAAUCACCGUGCAUGACGAACGGCUGCACCUCCAUGCCCUCAAAGAUGGGGAGCCGCCAAAGGACUCCAUCACCGUAGAAUACGAGUCUGUGCGAGGAUUGGUGGAUGAGCAGUUUGUGGUAGCAUUCUUGGAGGUGGAGUGGGCAGGGCGUGUACAAGGCCGCGUGUACAUCCAGCUCCUCGACAAUGCUGGUAGAACGCUCCAGUUCAUGUACUUCUGUACUGGAGAGCGCGGACCAUCAUACGCCGACACUCGCUUUCUCACAGUUUCCCUCAGAGGGCGGCCAGGCGAGCAACUUUGGGGUGGAGACUAUGAGAACAACGACGGCUCUGGUGGGGCUGCACUCGAGGGCAUGGAGCGUGGCGAAAAGAACCACCAAGAUGUUGUGGCAGGAUUGGUGGCUGGCUACUACUAUACAGGCUACGGGCAGGACCACAACCCAUCCCAGUUUGGCAUUUACCUAAGGGAUAUGCCUGGGUAUUCUGAAAUGUCUUCCAUUGGGAGAGUCCUAGUUGGGCAGGAUAUUCUGAAUUCAAUUGGCCGCCUCAACAAUGUAAAGUUGGCGAGUGUGGGUAGCUGUGGCGUCCUGCUGUCGUUCUGAAGGCUUACGUGUUAUUCAUGGUGCAUUUAGGAGGGCUAGGAUUUCUAUUCUUCCCAUUCAAAGUAACCAAUAAUACUCAAGAACAGUGUUCCUCAUCAUAGCAAAAUAUUUAGAGAUCUCAAAAAAAAAAUCUAUUAAUGGAAUAAGUAAAAGAAGUGAAUAGAUGAUACAUAGAUAUACCUAUAAAUAUAUACAUGUACCAUAUACUGUAUACAUAUUAACCUAUUCCUUUACUUUAUCAAUGUAUUGUAAGUUGUAUCUCGUUAAUACUCAAGGAGGGAAAAAAAAGACAUUAUUUAUCAUUUAAAGAUUUUGACAUCUUUUGAAAAUAUACCAGAGAUCUUAAGAGUCAUUUCUAAUUCCUCAUUAUUUACUCAUAGUGUUAUUGAGGAAAGGGAAAUAUACAUGAUUGUGUAUUUCUUAUUUGUAAAAUUAUCUGAAUAUUUUCAUUCUGGUAAAAAAUUAUAUGGUGUUAAAAGGUGGGAAUGAAAUUGUGGUUGGACAUAUUUUUAAGAAUCUGAUUUAAAAUUGUAAACAAAAAUUUGGUAAAUGAAAUCUUUUAUAUGAA